AUGGUUGAUGACAUUUUGCACAGAGUUCGAACGACAAAUUUUGAUAUUGAAAGUAACGACGAGAUGCGGAACGAAGCAUUAGUUCUGAUCGAAGACAUGUGCGUGCUCAUGUGCGGCAGUCUGUUGUCAACUUUGGGAAUGCCAGCGCCAAAUCGUUCGAGGCACGCUGCAUUCAAUCUUGAAUUACAGCGGGAGAAAAACUAUGAUCUAGAUGAGCAGGCUGAAAUAGUCCGAAAAAAUGUGCCGCUGUUGAAUUCCGAGCAGAAGAAUGUAUACGAUUCGCUGAUGAAGGUUGUUGAUGAUGGAACGGGAGGCAUUUACUUUCUCGAUGCUCCUGGAGGGACAGGCAAAACGUUCAUCAUUUCGUUGAUUCUGGCAACAAUUCGGUCAAGAUCACAAAUUGCGUUGGCUGUCGCAUCCUCUGGCAUUGCUGCCACAUUGUUGGAAGGCGGUCGAACUGCACAUUCAGCUUUGAAGCUGCCAAUGAAUCUUCUCAUGGUUGACAAGCCUACAUGCACAACGACCAAGAAUUCAGCGAAAGCGAAAUUGAUGCGAGAAUGCAAAAUCAUCAUUUGGGAUGAAUGA